AUGGACCAGGAGAUGAAGCAGGCCGAGCCAGAGCCGUCGCCAGCUCCAAUGGCGAUGGCUUCGAUGCCGGCCGCGUCGCCUCAACCACAACAAGAGCAACCCGACGUCGAGAUGAACCAGGACCAGGAACACGACUCCCCUCAGACUCCGAUGCAACUCAACCUGUCAAGCCCCGUGCCGAAUUCAGCCAACAAUAGUCAACAGCAACAACAACAACAACACCAGCAACACCAGCAACAGCAUCCACAGCAACUACAACCCCAGGUCAAUCAGAUCAACGGCCAACAGCUUUCUGGCCAGAUUCCUGGUCAAUUUCCUCUUCCCAGUCAAUCUCCUAGCCAGGUCAACAGUCCAGUCUCUGUCGGGACUCCUGGACAAGUUCCUGGCUUAGCCCUCCCAACACCUGCCAUCAAGCGGAGAGCUCCAAUCGCUUGCCGAAGAUGCCGCCGUAUGAGAAGCAAAUGUCUCCAUGACAAGGCCCAGCCUCCAUGCCAAGCUUGUCGCGAUGCUGGACUUGGUCCGGCUGACUGCACGUUCCCCGUCCGUGGCCAGCCCGAUCAAGACCGCGAAUACCGACACCCUCGAGUUAGAGCCGACAAGUCGACCAAGCGAGACCCGGCGAAGGUCCGGCGCGAAAUCCUCGAUGCCCCCGUACGAUCACCAGUACCCCAGCCGCCGAGACCGAUCAAGGGCUACGACGAAUGGGAUCUUCUGCCCCCGCUGCCUGAAAUUCUUGAGGCCGUUCACAAGUUCACGGCCCAUUACUUCCAGUUGGGCUUCAUCCAUAAGCAACACUUUCCCGAACGGCUACGGACGAACCACCGAUCUGUCAGCGUGUUUUUCUUGCUCAGUAUCUUGAGCAUUUCGGCCCGGUUGACGCCAACGCUGGUAGAUCGUUUCGGUGGUGCUGUUAAGGCUGCUGAAGUGUUCAUGGAGCGCGCCUCCGAGGUUGCUUGCCGCGAACUGUAUAGAGACCCGGACCUGGAGAGAUGUCAGGCGUUUUACCUGUUGAGUAUUGCCCAGCAGGGAAGUAGCUUGAAGCAACAGAGCUCGAUCAAUAUGGCAAUUGCUAUGCGUAUGGCCACGUUGAUGGGGCUGCACAGGGAGGAGACUUACAGACUGCCGGAGAACCCUUCGGAGGAACUGAUUAUGAGGGCAGAGUCCGCGCGCCGCACCUUGUGGAUGCUCCAUAGCCAGGAUAACCUCCAUUCGGGACCGCGUGAUAUAACAGCAUUGCUGCCUUGCAACGAGAAGGACUUCGCCACUGGUCAAAUACCCAAGUCGAGAGCAGCGCUCCAGGAUACUCCUCCGGCCCUGGAGAACCCCCAUCUUGUCACCGACGAGGGUCGGUCCCUGUUUGCUACACUCAUCCAGGCCCAUUACUUCUGGGGAGCGAUCUCCCGCCGGGUGCUCAGUAAUGACAAAGUCACGGAUCCAUGGGAGCCGGCUAGCGAGUAUGCAAACAUAGUCAACCGCCUUGAGGAAUGGGAGAAUGGUCUGCCUGGCGACCAUAAGUGGAGCCCCUUUUUACUCAAGGGGUAUAAGCAAGAGGGCCAAGACUUAGCAUACCUCGGCGUGACCAUGAUAACUCGCCUCUGCAACAUUGUUCUUCGGAAGGCAUACCUGACCGAUAUCUUGUCGGACGAUAAGUCCCAACCGGAGCGCACAGCUUUCUGGACUGAAAUGUCUCGUCAGCUGUUUAGGAACGUCAAGAAUCUGUACGAACAAAUCGACACUCAAUACAAUGAGCGGUCACCCGAGGAAGGUCCUGGGGCACAGAUGGCAGCGUUCUGCGUUUACAGCUGUGGCUUCCUCGCAUGCUACUUGUGCAAAUACCCAAAUCUCUGCCCUGAGCCAGCCAUUACUCGCGAAGGACCUUUGAUGGUGACUCGUGUACUCAGCAUAUUGGCAGAAAGCAGGAACAUAUGGCCGUUGGCGACUAGGUGGUAUGAGCAUCUGGAACGUUUUUACACAGCCCAAAGCGGCGUCAUAGUUGGUAACGAGGGUACCAUGGCGGACAGCGUAAGUUAUCAUUAUUCCCCUCAAAAGGCCUCUCGUUCACGGAACCAACAGGCUGAUUUUACCUUCCUGCUCGCCCAGAGAGAUGAGAUUCCUCACGUCCUUCAGAUGCCGACCGUUCAGCAACAGCAAGCCCAGGCUCAAGCUCAUAUGGCUCUGGCUCAAGCUCAAGCUCAAGCUCAAGCACAAGCCCAAGCCCAAGCUCAGGCUCAGGCCCAGGCACAGGCUCAAGCACAGGCGCAAGAGGCACAACAGAUACAACAGGCACAGGUCCAGGCACAGCAGCCAGCACAGCAACACCCAGCCUUUACUGCUCAGAUGCAGGCGCAACAGGCCCAGCAGGUACAACAAGCUCUAAGUGAAAAGCAGGAGCCUGUUUCUCAGGGUAGUCCUGAACAGGCGAUCAUCAGCCCGGCACAGCCCAGUGUCCCAACUCCCGCGAUGUUCAUCGACCCAAGUCUCCGUGUGCCAACAUCGUCACAACCGCAGGAGCAGACUCCUGCACCAACUGUUCCCCAGCAGCAAGAUUUGGCAUCUUCUUCACAACAGGGGCAGCAGCCGCAACCUGUCGUCGGUGUAGCUGGUCGGCAGUCAACUGAUGGGUUGGGCCUGCUCAUUGAAGCGUUUGACACUCAACAAGCCGGUGGCGUCCCUCCAACGACCACGGCUGGUCAGGGGCAAGUGCCUUAUGACCCUCAGGCACCUCCGCAGCAGUACUACCCGCAGCCCGGAACUCUGGGCGUCAACGACGGAUAUGAGAACGAGUUGGGCUACUAUAUGUCGGAUCAGGGACAACCCGGUGCUAUGCAGAGCUGGGUUGGCGGAACGAAUAUGUAUGGAUACUAG